GGCCCGGCCCGCCCCCGCCGCUCGCGGAGAUGGCGGCGGCCGUCUCUGCCACUUUGCUCUGCCUCUGCUUGCUGGAGCUGCUCCGCCAUGGCUCCACGCGGGCGGCGGUGGGGCCCAGAGAUGGCAUGAAUAUCCUCUUCAUAGUUGUGGACGAUUUGCGUCCUGUUUUGGGCUGUUACGGAGAUAAACUUGUGAAAUCUCCAAACAUCGAUCAGCUUGCAUCUCAAAGUGUUGUGUUCAGCAAUGCAUAUGCACAGCAAGCUGUGUGUGCUCCCAGUAGAGUGUCUUUCCUUACUGGACGCAGACCUGAUAGUACCCGACUGUACGACUUCUACUCCUACUGGAGAGUACACGCAGGAAACUACUCCACAAUGCCCCAGUAUUUCAAGGAGAAUGGCUACGUGACCCUGUCUGUGGGGAAAGUUUUUCAUCCUGGGGUUUCAUCCAACUACAGUGAUGACUAUCCAUACAGUUGGUCCAUUCCACCCUUUCAUCCUUCAACUGAAAAGUAUGAAAAUGAUAAGACUUGUAGGGGAAAAGACGGAAAACUUUAUGCUAACUUGUUGUGCCCAGUGAAUGUGACAGAAAUGCCCAGUGGUACUCUGCCUGACAUUCAGAGCACUGAAGAGGCCAUACGCUUACUGAACGUGAUGAAAUCCAAGAAGCAAAAAUUCUUCCUGGCUGUCGGUUACCACAAACCACAUAUCCCACUGAGGUACCCACAGGAAUUUCUCAAGUUGUAUCCCUUGGAAAACAUCACAUUAGCCCCAGAUCCUUGGGUGCCUGAGAAACUGCCUUCUGUGGCUUACAACCCCUGGACGGAUAUCAGACAGAGAGAUGAUGUGGAAGCCUUGAAUGUUAGUUUUCCUUAUGGGCCACUUCCAGAUGACUUCCAGCGGCAGAUUCGUCAGAGCUAUUAUGCAGCAGUUUCAUACUUGGAUAUGCAAGUUGGUCUGCUCUUGAAUGCUUUGGAUGAUAUAGGACUCUCAAAUAGCACAAUAGUAGUUUUUACUGCUGAUCAUGGAUGGUCCCUGGGAGAACAUGGUGAAUGGGCAAAAUACAGCAAUUUUGAUGUUGCUACUCGUGUGCCGCUGAUGUUUUAUGUACCAGGAGUGACAACUUCCUCUGUUGGUCAAGGAGACAGAGUCUUCCCCUAUCUUGACCCUUUUAACCAUAUUUCAGGCUUGGUACCUCAAGGGCGAAGCAAAAAAGUAGUCGAGCUUGUGUCUCUGUUUUCAACCCUUGCUGAACUUGCUGGCCUGCAACUUCCUCCUGCGUGCCCAGAGACUUCGUUUCAUGUUGCACUGUGCACUGAGGGGGUGAGCAUUGUCCGCUACUUUAAUGCCUCUGAAGAGAAAGAUGAGUGUGAUGAGCCUUACAGGUGUUUUGAUGAAGAACCUGUUGCUUUCAGCCAAUAUCCCCGGCCUGCAGACACUCCUCAGUGGAACUCUGACAAGCCGAAGCUGAAAGACAUCAGAAUCAUGGGCUAUUCCAUGCGUACAAGUGACUACAGGUACACUGUAUGGGUUCAGUUCAAUCCGAACAACUUCAGUGCUAACUUUGAGGAUAUCCACGCAGGAGAGUUGUACAUGGUGAAGACUGAUCCAAACCAGGAUUGGAACAUCUAUAACAGUACUUCACAUGGUCAUUUCUUGAAAAAAAUUCUCUGCUUCCUGAAGCACUGAGGUUCAGGAGCAUCUCUGAGUGUGUUCUUGUAACCGAAGCAGCACUUCCUUCUUUGUAUAAAACCUUUCUGUUGUACAGAAAACGCUUGGUUUGAAUUAAAAUCCUGUUUGUAUCAUGUCUUGUAUCAAAACACAAACUACUGCCUUUGUCUGUUACAGCCUUUAUUGCACUGAAGUAGUCAGAGGGAACUUCUGCAGUUAUGUUUUCAAACACAAGCUGUACACUUCUGAAGAGGCCACACAGGCUAUGCAGACCCAUGCUGUGCAUCGUCUCUGUUCUGUAGUGACUGAAGAAUUAAAAUUCAUUAUCUAUGUGGAAACUGCUGGUGUGAAAGGUAGAAAAAGAUAAACUACUGUGUUUGAAAGGCUGUGCAGAGAUUGUGUGACAGUGAAGAGCUCCUGUACACUUUGCCUGAGAGACUUGGAGCUGGAGUGGCCAGGGAGAUGCUUGAUAAUGGGGAAGGACUGAGGUGUCUGUUGUCAUCAGCCUUACCUCUGACUAGAGCUAAAAGAGAAAAAUGUGCUUCUUUCAAACUGUAAUUAUUUUAAGCAAAAGCUUUAAUUUGGAGAGUCAUGCUCCUUAUCCUACAGGAAGGGAUGGGAAAUUUUAAUGAAUAUGUGUGAAAUGAGUGCUUUCAUCACUGAAACACUAAAUAAGACUGAGAGGUUAAGGUAACACCAGUAUGCUCAUCUGUGGGUUUUCUUGAAGACUGAUCCAAUGAGGCCCCCCAGGUGAAGAGAGAUGGAAACCUUUAGGUGUUGGAGCUUGCUGGUUGCUGUCAUUGCUGAACUGUUCAGUGCACUUGAGGGCUGUCAUGUUCAGUGACAGAAACUUGGAUGUUUGUGUUUUUAGGUGCUAAGUGGGGCUUGGCAGCUUUCAUUUUGAACUGGGAUAACUAAAAACCUCCCAUUUAGUUUCAAGAUUUUAGUAUGGCUUUUAACAACACAGGAUGUGGAGCAUUAGUCAUCCCAAGCUGUGCUGGGAAGUGAAUUUCCAUAUGGCCAAAUGCAUGAAGGUGAAUAUUUGUUAGCUUGUAUCUGAGAAAAAUGUUUUUGCCAAGUAUUUUAUUUCAGUGAUAGCUGUACCUUAUGCUUACAGCCACUAGGUACACUGUGCUCGAGUGUGAUGGCAGUAUUGUAUGUUGUGUCCUAUGAGCCUGCUGGAUUUCUGCAAUUCCAUCUUGGAAGGUGGAGGCUCUCAGAAUUUGUGCCAUAACAAGUAAGAGCUUGUUCAGACAGUGCUAACUCCAGCUGCCUUGCUCAAUGAACUGCUCCCAUUUCUGCAAAAAGAAAAAGCCAGCCAUUACUUGUCUUUCUCAGAUAAAUUGACUUUAAUAUCCUAGAGAAGCCACAGACAUAACUUUUUUCAUAAAAUCCAUGUGACAGUCUUAUUCCUAAUUAAUGUAGAGAUACCCACCAUGAAUCUGAUUCUCUGUUAGAAGACAGUGGUUAUUUAGUGCCUUAAACUCAAUUAGAAGAAUAUAUUUCUUAUGAACUUGUCAUUUGUUUUACUCAGCACAAGAUGCUGUGUGUUCUGCAGCAUUAUUAUUCCUGAUGAAAACAUAUUUUUUCCCUCACUUAUGCAUGUAGGCUUAGAUCCUCAACUGGUGUGAAAUACUGCAGUUACAUGUGGCAGAUUCAGUGUAGCUGUACCAAUUUCACACUGGUUGAAGGUGUGUUUUAUUGAGGCAGAGAUUUGGAGUCUGCAGCUAGAGCUAAUUAUAUCUCUGAAACACUUUCCUUCAAAGGAAAAUCAAAUAUUGGGAAAGUUAUUUGGGGGAAAGUAUUGAAGUAUUGGGGAUUAAUCUAAAUCUCUGGUAUGCCAGGCCAAUAAUUCAGUGUACAUUUAAAAUUGAUGUGGCAAGUGGCUGUUGUCUUAGAUUUGACUGCCCGAGCUUUGUGUUUUGUUCUCCUGAUAAAACACCUGAAAAAAAAACCUAAACAAACACCUUUUUGGAGGACCUAAAAUUAUAGCAUGAAGAUAAAUUAUUUAGGUAUUUAUUUGCAUGAGAACAUUCUUGUAUAUACCCUUCCCUAAGCCUCCCAUCACUUCAGGCAACUGAAUUCCUCAAGUGGAGACAAAAGUUCUGGUGCUAAGUGAUGAGUAUUUUUUUCCUCAAGUCAUUCUCUUUAUAUUGGAAAGGAAAAGCUGUCCUUGACCUUUCUUAAUCAAAAUCCAGUAAUCUUUUGGGGAGGCAUGAAACAGAAUUGUCCCUGACAGCCAGUAUGUCAAGGCUGGUAUCCAUGUGUUCAGGGCAAGGACAUUCUUGAAUAAUUGUGCAAGUCACUGAGCAGGACUGCUGUCCACCCAGCCAGCCCUUUCCUUCUGCCUACUGCUGAGCUGGGGCAGAAGAGUUUUGAGGAUGAGGCAUAGUAGGAGGGAAAAAAAGUGAUUUAGAUUUAUUAGGGAAGUGGUUAAGCAAAAUGGAAAACCAGUGGAGAUAAAGGCAGAAGGCACCAUUUUAUCAAACCAACCAAAAUGCUGCUUCUCCUGAACAGCCUGAGCUUGGGGCUUUGCUAGGCUGAGCAGCCUCCUCUAAGGAACAAAAGAGCUCAGCAGCAGCAAUAAAAGUAAAGUGCUCUUGUGAACAGUGCACUCUCCAGAGGGAAGAGGAUGCAAGCCAAGCAUCGGGAAAUAAAUGAGAUGCCAGUGCUGACCCGAUUUCUCAGGAUGGCACCAGAACAGCUGGAAGAACAGCAUGGUGCUGCAUCAGCAGGAUUUGUUACCUGGGGUACAUGUAUGGAGAGAUUCCGCCGCGGACCCCAGAGUAGCCGUCGUGAGCACUUGGCACAGAGCAGAGUCAAUAAACAGCCCUGUGUUAAUAAGCUAAUGUACAGGAGUGAUUAAGCAAUGGAAUUAAAAUUUUGGUCCCUAACCAGCUGUACAUCAGUCCAUCAUAACUCAUGACAUUGUUUCUAGUUGUACAAUGUCCUAAAAGCAAGGUAAUGAAUAUGCUACGUAUUAAGCAGAAGCAAGUAGGCGUCUGUAAAAAAUGGAGGUGGUGGUGUGUCUGGGUGCACUUUGUAACACUGUACUUGAAUGUUUCCUUUGCAAACAGCACACUGUAAAGAUCUGGGUCUAAUUUCAGGCCUGCUGUGCACACUGGAGCAUAUGGAAAUGCUGUAGCUACGUACUGUGCUGUGCAGCAGCUUGCAGUUCUCCCUUUGGCCUGUGCUCUCUGCUUGCUGGGGAAAUGGGAUACAUUUUGAAUUAAUGACUGUCUGUGCACUUUGCAGAUGUUUUGUGGGACAGGCAAAGGCAGCUGAGUGUCUCAGCUAUUGGUCAGAUGUUACCUAAUUAAUCACUGUUGCAUGUUAAUUAUGGAUUAGUGACUUGCUGCUGUGUUGUCUUGGUCAAGUGGAGUCUCCUGCUGCAAUGAGUGUCCCACAGCAUUAAGGAUGUGAUGUAGACAUGAUGCUUCUCUCAGGGAUGUUUCUUAAUUCCCAGGGCUAAGCUAGGCACCAGGAUCAGCACUGGCAAAAGGGACAGAAUGUCUUGUCAGCACCCAGCUUUUGCAGGGCACUAUUCUCAGCUUGUGUUUCAGACCUUUGGGAUAAAGAGAGGCUCAGGCUGUAUGUGGGAAGUGCUUGGUGUUUGUAGCUGAGAUCCUUCACUGAAUGUGGAAUGUUAAUUUUUUUUCCCUUGAGUGGUUACUCACCAUCCAAAUGUGAAACGCUCCAUAGAGAAUGAAAUUACCCUCUUGCUAACUAGAUUUUCCAGCACUUUACAGUUUUCUAGGCUAUAGACCCUCUUGCUCUUCAGAUCAGAAACUCCCAGCCAAGUUAAGGUGACUCUGUGUCAAAACUUUUUAUGCUUCUGUGUUUGACUUCUUGGAUAAUGAAAUUAUCUUCAGAUCUGCAUGGAUGGGUCUCGACUCCAGGGUUCUUCCCUGCCUCCUUUUAAAGUCUGUGGGAGUGCUGCUUAUGGAAGUAGGUACAGUACCAGUGUCAAGAUCCAUCAUAUGAGAUAGCAAAAAGAGCCUUUUGCCCUUCAUCUUUAACACUUGGCUUAAUGGUGAGUAGUUGAAGAACAUUUUUAUCCAGCAGCAUGUGAAGGCCCCAGCUAUAAUGAAACUUUGAGUAAGUGAGAGGAAAUGGCAAAGUUUGUGAUUUGUAGGUGCAGCUGGAUUUGGAGAGAGGAUAGUAGUAGUAGACUGAAGCAUCAGAGAGGGAAGGAACAGGAAGACAUUGAAAUCAGAUAUGAAGUCAUGAUCUGAAAGUUAGGAUCCACUAAGAAGAGAGAAAGAAUGGAAGAGAAGGACUGGAAAGGGAAAUAUUUCCUAUCUCUGGUUUUAGGCCCUGCAGGCACCUAGAGGUACUCUGAUCUUCCUCUUUCUACUCUAUUGCUGUGUUUUAGGUGCAAACCUUGCAAGCUUUGUACAUGUUGUGAUUGACUCCACAUGUUCUUUGAAUUUACCUGUGAAGCACUUUUGAAAAUGUACCUCUGGACAGUGUGUGAUUUUGCCCCAAGUACACUCAAUUUGGCACUACCCAUGCAUUUAAAAGCCUUGCUGUUUUCUGUAGGUUCCAAUGCCAUAGUAGAAUCAAUGUCUGUAAUUUCUAGUAUGUUAUACACUUGUGCUGAAGAUUCCCAGUUUUUACUGGUAACUGAAGAGCAGUUACCUGUAGGUUACGUGUUCCUAAUUGUUUGAAGGUGCUCAGUGUCCAACCUGCACCAAAUGUUUAUCAGAUCUCUGGGCUGGAUUCCUCCUUGUCAGCUCACUGAAGCCACUUGGUAGGGUGUAUACAAAUGGACCGAGAGUCUGGUCCUGCUUUGGGGCUGUGCUGGGCUACAAGUGUAGCUGUCGGUCUUAUGAACAAAGUCUUGCUUAUGCAUCUUUUACAGAGAUUACAGGAGCUGGUUGAGGAUCAUCUGACUGCAGCCUUUUUUUUGUCAGGAAAAUAUUUCAUUAGCUCAAACUGUCUUAUAUAGCCACAUUUGGUGACAGUUUUAUUGAAGAGUUUUGCUUUGAUAAGAUCAGGGACCUUUGCUUCAAUUUUAUUUCAGUUUUUUAUUAUAUUGCAUAAUUUGGACAUAAUAUAAAGGGUAUUACAACAAAUGAGAAUGCAAUUACUUUGUGAAAAUAAUAAAGUCAAACCAAAAAAUGUU